UCACCCUUCGGUCCUACCUUCUUAGGUUCUUUAGAUGACAAGCUUCUUCAACACCGUCCUCAUGUCGGAUCGUCGACUCUGCAAAGGGGCGAUCUGGUGGAGAUCAUCGGGCCAAGUGAUUUAGGCAAGACGAGUCUAGUAUCCUUCUUACUUCUCACGACACUUCUGCCGUCUUCCAUCAAGUUAUCCGGAGGUACGGAAGUGCCAUUAGGAGGAAGAAAUGCCCAUGCCAGUCUGAUCUUUCCUGUCACCCACCGAUCAAUCGUUUCGACGUUGGCGAAAUCUAUGCGGUCCCAUGUAACAUCCAUGAUCAGUGCUGCUCGUUCAACAGAAACUCAAUUUGAUGAUGGAGAUAUUUCCCCCAUCAUCGACACGAUCGUCCGAACUUCAUUAGCCAGAUUGGGGGUUAUUCGGAUCAAGCCAAGGUGGAAUGAUUGGUAUUUGGCUUUGAGAUCGAUUCUUUCCCCUCCCGACCUCACUCUCGACUUCAGUGGUCUAAGAUAUACGAAUCAUGGCAUGUCGCUGGUCAUUUGUGAUGGAUUUGCCGAUGGCUUCUGGCCUGAGCGAUGGCAUGAAGAGGAGAGAUCGGGACGGAAGGCACAAGGGCUGAGAGGAGGAGAUGACGUGGGUAUGAGGGAUGUAAUGGAAAUGGUUGGUAGAUUAAGGAAGGAACUAGGAGCCGUUGUCGUUUUAACGAUCCAAGGAUUCUGGGUGACCGGACAUACACAGUUCUUCACUCCUCAUCUCAGUCCUCCAUAUCCUACACCUUUCACCACAAACCCCGACGAUCAACCGGUACGAUCUCGUGACGACCCUCUCCACUGGCCGCUAAAUCUUCAGUUCACCUUGAUAGGCCGAGACCGACAAAUGCAAUUACCAGCGGACAUCACUUUGGUAGAUGCUAUGAGGAUGGAACAGCCAUUGGAGUUGCAAAACUUCCGAGGGCUGUUCCGAGUGUCGAGGUCUCACAAAGUCGGUGGGAGUAAAGAGGGAACAAAGUUCUCAUGGCGGAUAGGACCUGAAGGACCUGAAGGGUGGGAUGAUCCAGACGAUGACAUGGGCAUGUCAUAG